AUCCGGGUCAUUUGAAAUAUGAACACAUUUUGACCGGAGUGUGUUUUUUGCAUUAUAAGGAUGGAUCUUGGUAAAGCGAAGCUGCUUCGGACAGGCCUCAACACUCUGCACCAAGCCAUCCACCCUGUGCACGGGAUUGCAUGGACGGACGGCAAGCAGGUCUGCCUGACAGCUCUGUAUUUCGUCAAUGGCGAGGUGAAGUUUGGAGACACCAACGUUAUCGGGCAGUUUGAGCAUGUUUUCGGGCUCUUCUGGGGGCCGCUGUGCUGCCCUGAUUCUCCCGCCCUGCUGGCUGUUCAGCACAAGAAGCAUGUCACUGUCUGGCAGCUGCAGCUCAGUACCCUGGAACAGAACAAGCUGCUGUGCACCCAGACGUGCGAGAUGAGCGAGCCUUUCCCGUUGCUCUCUCAAGGCUGCGUCUGGCAUCCUAAACUGGACGUUCUCGCCGUGCUGACUAAGAGGGACACCUCCGUACUGUUUUCGGUCCGGGUGGACAACAGGAGAAUCAAAGCGGACAUCAAAGGCAGCGGACUUAUCCAUUGCGCCUGCUGGACUAAGGAUGGCACGCGAUUGGUGGUGGCGAUCGGCAGUGGUCUUCAUUCUUUCAUCUGGAAUGACAUCCAGAAGAGUCUCGUGGCGUGCUCCUUUUGCCCCAUCUUUGACGUUGGAGGGUACAUCUGUGCCAUCGAGUCUACAGGGGAGGCGCAGGUCGCUGUGGCUACAGAGCUGCCGCUAGAUAAAUUAUGUGGGUUAAACUCUGGCAUAGCCUUCGAUUUGCCAGCGGAGGCAGAGUCGCUGCAAGGUCAUGGCUCGCAUAUGGUCAUGUCGGACGACGACAGCCUUAUGGAUGCAAGAAGAAGAUCGCUGGAAUCAGACAGAUCUUACAUCCCCAGCGCAGGCCCUCUCGAUCUCACCCAUCUCCUGGCCAGGCACCGGCGCUCGGACCCCAGCCCCCUCAUUCACCUGCGCCGUCGGGACACUGUGACAGGCUCUGGCCAAGACUCCUCGCAUCUUAUUCUAGUUACUUAUGAGCGAAAGGUCACUACCACCCGCAAAGUCAGCAUCCCGGGGAUUUUGGUCCCUGACAUUGUGGCUUUUGAUCCACGUGGCUCGACAGUAGCGGUGGCUUCAAACACCUGCAACAUGGUGCUUGUGUACUGCAUCACGGCCUCUGCAAUGCCCAACAUCCAGCAGAUCUCUCUGCAGCAGAAUGAAAGACCUAAAGGAGUCUGCUUCCUCAGUGACAAGAUGCUGCUUUUGAUGGUGGGCAGGCAGAAGUCCAACGACCCGGCCUUCCUCCCAUCCUCCAACACUGAUAAAUAUAUUCUUCGUCUCAUAGCCAAAGAGUUGAUGUACGACGGAGAGACUCCCAGCACGCCAUCCCCAUCUGCUCCCAACCAUGAGGUCACCUCUAACUUCUGCGCAAGGAUUAGGAGGCACUCGGAGCACCUGUCAAAGGAUGACAGGGAGCGAGGGAUAAAGGACUUGGUGCUUCCCGGGCGGGGAGUGGUUUCUUCUCCCGGGAACAGACGCAGGCUGGUGGAGGAGGUGAGGAGCAGCGAGCCCAGUCCCAUCGCCAGCUCCGUGGACUUCUCCGACCGGGCCUCCGACAGAGCCCACUCCAGUGCCUCGUCCAUCACGGUGGAGAAUUUCGACAUGGAUCACGUCAACCGCAUGUCCAGCCUGGCGGUGGCCGGCCAGGCCAGCAAGGAGUCCAGCCGGUCCAGCUCGCCUCGCUUCGACCAGUCGGAGAAGCUCCACACGGAGCCGACGCUGCCCAUGCCCGAGAAGACGUCCAGCCAGGCCAAGGAGCGAGCGCUGGAGCAGCUCGUGCACAACAUGGAGAGGCUUUUCACGCGCUUCGCAGACGUGCAGCAGUGCCUGACGGAGAUCAGAGAUUAUACGCAGAACGGCAAGAAGGCCCUGACGGUCUACCCCAGUGCCUCUGAGCCCCCGUAUGUCAAUGUCACAUGUCAGAAGCAGUUAUCAGAGAACGUGUUCAUCGACGAGCGGAGGCCGGUGCUGCUGUGUGAUGGGAAGCUGUGCCUGCGUGCCCUGCAAGACCUCUUCAACCUCACCAUUGUGGAACUGAUGUAUGGACCGCUGUGGAUCGUGCUGGUGGCAGACGGAGACGGCUUCGUGCCGCUGACAUUCAAACCCAAGGAGGAGCUCACCGUGCGCAACGGAAAGCGGAAAACUACUCUGCGAGCUCCCGGGAGUCCAGACAACUCCUGUCCGUCCAGCCCUUCCCCCGGACACAAUCCCAGCACGGCCACAGAGACAACCACAUAGUGGCUAACAACACACACCUCGGUGUACGGACUCACAGAAGAGACAGGAACACACUGUGAACCACAGUUACGAUUCACCCUUAUUUUUAUAUUAAGAAUUACUGUUUUGAAGAGAGCUGCCUAUUCGGAUGUAAUGUUUACAUGCUUAAAUAUCAAAUGGAAAGCUUUGCACCUGAAAAAACGAGUUCUGUGCUAAUUUUUGACCAAAUGGAAUUUAGUUUUUGAAGUUCUGUCUUUUUAUAAAAGCAGGAUCUGCUUUAGAAAUGUUCUCAACAUGUUUGCACAGAGGAUGUUUUGGAGUGUCCUCCUCAGACUUACUGUG